CUCCGGCGGCUGCCUCCACCCAAGUGGGUGGGGACCCGCCCAGCCCGGGCGGCCGCGGCGGCUCCUUCUCCCCUCCCUGACCCUCCCACCCUGGGUCCCAGCCUCUACUUACCUCGCCAGCCCCGGGAGGCUCGCAGAGCGAGCGGCGCCGGCGUCAUGUGACUGCCCGGAGUUGGUGCCAGGAGCCAGAGGGGAGCCAGGAGCGGAGCUGCGCGGAGCCCGGGCCCGACCGGAGCGCAGCGCGAGCGGCCGCCGCACGCGCGCCCGUCCCCGUCCCCGUCCCCUGCGGCCGCCGCCGCCCACUGCGCCCGGACUGGAGCGCUGACAUUACUGCAUUCGCGGGGUCCAAGGCAGCCCGCAUCCGGGCCUUUAUUUCUCGUCUGCAGCGCUCAGCACCGCGCCUCGAAAAGCCAAACACCAGAGCACCCUAGAAGGCUUAACUAAAAGAAUGCUCAUGUUUGACCCAGUCCCUGUCAAGCAAGAGGCCAUGGACCCUGUCUCGGUGUCAUACCCGUCUAAUUACAUGGAGUCGAUGAAGCCUAACAAGUAUGGAGUCAUCUACUCCACACCAUUACCGGAUAAGUUCUUCCAGACCCCGGAAGGCCUGUCGCAUGGGAUGCAGAUGGAGCCAGUGGACCUCACUGUGAACAAGCGGAGUUCACCACCUUCUGCUGGGAGUUCUCCUUCCUCACUGAAGUUCCAGUCUUCGCACCGGAGAGCCUCCCCUGGGUUGAGCAUGCCUUCUUCCAGCCCACCGAUGAAAAAGUACUCACCCCCUCCCCCGGGUGUGCAGCCCUUCAGCAUGCCGCUGUCCAUGCCGCCAGUGAUGGCCGCAGCCCUCUCCCGGCACGGAAUUCGGAGCCCAGGGAUCCUACCGGUCAUCCAGCCAGUCGUGGUGCAGCCCGUCCCCUUUAUGUACACCAGCCACCUCCAGCAGCCGCUCAUGGUCUCCUUGUCGGAGGAGAUGGAAAAUUCCAAUAGUAGCAUGCAAGUACCUGUAAUUGAAUCCUAUGAGAAGCCUAUAUUACAGAAAAAAAUUAAAAUAGAACCUGGGAUCGAACCACAGAGGACAGAUUAUUAUCCUGAAGAAAUGUCACCCCCUUUAAUGAACUCAGUGUCCCCCCCGCAAGCAUUGUUGCAAGAGAAUCACCCUUCAGUCAUAGUGCAGCCUGGGAAGAGACCGUUGCCUGUGGAAUCUCCAGACACCCAGAGGAAGCGGAGGAUACACAGAUGUGAUUAUGACGGAUGCAACAAAGUGUACACUAAAAGCUCUCACUUGAAAGCGCACAGAAGAACACAUACAGGAGAAAAACCCUACAAAUGUACAUGGGAAGGAUGCACAUGGAAGUUUGCGCGGUCUGAUGAGCUAACAAGACAUUUCCGAAAACAUACUGGAAUCAAACCUUUCCAGUGUCCAGACUGUGACCGCAGCUUUUCCCGCUCUGACCACCUUGCCCUACAUAGGAAACGCCACAUGCUGGUCUGAAUGCCGCUGUCUCCCACCUCUACGCGGCUCCCCACUCUCCCGGCUCUCUCUCUGUCCUCCUUCCAUUAUCUAACUCGUUUUUUACAUGUACGUUUUAAUUUUGAUUCAGCUGGUCUGAAUCUCUGGAUUUAUAUCAUUCAAACUUCCAUAUGGUCAGUAGUACAUACUCUCUAAUCCUUCCUCUUCUUACCACGGGUCAGACCUAAAGAAUGUGAACACUCUUUUUUUUUUCCGGGGAUGCUAAGCAAACCCUUCUUACAGAUACGUUUAAUGUAAUGAAAACAAGGGAACAUGUAAACUAACAUCACCAAUUGUCAGUUUCUCCAUGUAUUCCUCAAAAGAAUGUCAAAGUAAAUGUAUGAGAAAUACAGUAUCCAGCCUGCUAGUCCUUGCCGGAGACUUCAUACCUCUGUGCCCUGUGAUCGCAUUUUGUGCUUGACAGUGGAAAGAAGGGUAGACCCUUUCACAGGUUAGCCAGAAGUGCAGCAAGAUUUCAGGCCAGAACAACCAACUCGUCCAUUGUCCUUCGUAAAUCUUGCUUGUAAACUUGGAUUUAUCACUUCAUCUAAAUUAAGUCGUUUACCCACCUUUGUGCCUGCAGCUAAUAUGGAGGUCUUUGCCACCAUUGGGAGAGGAGCGAGAGCUGCUGAUUUAGGUGGAUGAUGUCUAUCAGUUCAAGGGAUGGAUGCUGUACUCGCGUAGCAUGGAGUCGGAGCGAAGGGGCAUUGAGCAGGGGUUGGGGGGGACAAAGGAGGAAGCUGGCCAUUUCUCCUGGGCUAGGGGUUCUCGAUGUGAUUUCCUCAUUUGGUUAGUUGUGCAGUGCAUUCCCAGAGCUUCAGUCUCUGUGCACAUUCAUCUGUGCAGAACCAGACUGCAAAGCCAAAUACCAAUGGGUUAUCCACACACCUAUCUCCAUUCCUACAAUGGCCUUAAUGUGGGUCAUCAAGCAUUGAUAGUAGGGAUGCCACAAAAAUAUUUACUUAGUAAUGGUAAAAGAUCUUUUGGGUAAGAAUAUGGAUGGCCUUUCUUUUACCCAACACACUUAUAGGUUUUUUUGCAAACAGGGAAAUGCUGAGUGGUAAUUGUAUUCCCAUAGCAGAUUAAUUAUACCUUUCAUACAGAAACUCUUCUGUGUGAGCUGUAAAGUGCCAAAUUGGCUGUCAUUUGUGUUCAUGACACAUAUCAUAAAUAAGCAUCUGCUAAUGCUUUAGUAGAUUCAUUCAAUUUAAGACCUGAGUGACACUAUUUGUAAAUAUAAAUAGUUGUGAAGCGCACAUACCUUUAUUUAGGGAGCAGAUUUCCGAAAAAUAUAGAAAACUACAAUUCAGGGAUUCAAAUAUGUAGCUCAAAAAUUCCCAAACGUUUACUGCUGGAGGUGGCAAUCUCCUGUCACUAUUGAGUAUCCUGUCAGAAGAACAAACUGCAAAUGACUCGUGUUUAUGGUCAAGAUAAAUGACACCAGUAUUUGGGGGAAGUUUUUCAAAAGCAGGCUUUUGAGUACCAUAGUCUAAAUGCCAAUAAAAUAAUUCAUGCAUAGAAAUGCCAUUGGUCCUAAAUUUGAAAAAAGUGGGCAACGGUGGUCAAAUGUGGGUGCAUAUAACCAAAUGCGCCUUCAUCCUUCCAUAAAAGAUGGAGAAGAGAGAAGAAUGGAAUCCUGAAGAUUCAUCCCAGCCACAACUCAGGAUCCAACACAACCUUAACUGGGAGGAAUACACUUACUGCUCUUAAAACAUCAGUGAAUGAGUCAUUCUGGAGGCCUUCGAAAUUGUGUGGGGAGCUUGCUUUGAGGGCACCGUGUUAAUAAAAGUUAGUUGUAGGGACUGUGCACCUAAGAGAUCCCACCCAUCAGCCCUCUGAACCUACUGGAAGGAAAUGUAGUUGAGAAAUGCAAAGUAAUUUGUUAUCUUGGCACUUGGUUUUUAUUU